GGCGUAUUCGGUUGGCCGCUCUGGUCCUCUGGCUCAGAGUCUGCAGAUGCGAGCGAGCCCGCAAUCUGAGCGGGAGACGCAGUGUACCAACCGAAUGCAUGAGCGAUCUCGGAGCAGCGCGCCGGUGGCGCCACUGCGCAGGCAGCGCGGGAAGCCGCCGUGUAAACAUUCUUGUGCGACAGUGACAAAUGGCGUCGUCCAGUUCAGAUGUGCUUGACCGCAGCGACGGCUCUCUCAGCCCAGCGCAGUCACUCUUCCUCACCAUGUAUGACGGUAACGCACCAAGCCCAGUCUUGCUUGGGGAAGCCACCACUGCUGCCAGCGAGAACAGCCCGUCUUCCGGACCAUGGGGAGAAGGCGAGACAAGGCUGUUAUUAAACCUUUAUGCACACUACUCAACCAAAGUAGGCCCCAUGAAAAAAUUCCGCUGCAAGCGUGCUAUGUACGAGUAUAUUUCUAAGGAAAUUCUUCAGAUCCUGAAUAUUUACAGGACUCCGACACAGUGCGAGUCACGAUUCAAGACAAUUGCAAAGCGAAAGAAAGAUGAAGACACUAAUAACAAAACAUCAGGCCAUUCCCGCUGCCAGGUGUCGUAUGAAGAAGAAUUUGCGGCAAUAAGGGCAGCAGAUGACAGCAUACAGCCCGAAGUUCUUCGUGGUGUGCACUCCGUGACAUACAAGACAUCUCAAUCUGCUCAAGGUGCCAAGGAUCCCGCCAACAUUCUUACAGGUGCUGCCAACAUUCCUAUAGGAGCUGACUGUGCUGACCUGUCAGGCAACUCUGAAUUUCUCGACGCCCCUUCAAGCGUAGUUACCGACUCUGCACCAAAAAGAAAGGGAACACACAAGGCAGGCCGUCCUAAUGCAGGUCGAAUGAUGCACAUGAAGUAUUUCUUUGAGCACAUGCAAAUAAUAAAUGAAGAGCGAGAAGCAAAAAGGGAAGAGAGAGAGAAAAGACGAGAGGAAAGGCACCAAGAGCUGCUCAAACUCCACAGGGAGCACAUCGCUGCAUUGAAAGACCUUGCAGCAAAAGAAGACAACAUGUGAAGCGUGGCAUAUACAAGUUCAUGCCUCUGUAUGUCAUGUGCAAUAAAAUUUGUCUUUGCUAUGACAUCAAUUUGUGUGAAACUUGCACACUUCAGAAAAGAGAAAAAAUGUUUCAGGAUUAGUAAACCGAGUAAAGCACUAACAUUCUUUCUGGUUCAAGAUAAAUGACCAACAAUUCCUUUAUUUUCUCCCUCGUUACCUACAGCUGCCCCACCAAAGCAUUUCUUUUCAAUUCACCCAGACGGCGAAGCACACUUUCACGGUCAGUCUGUGGCUGCCUGUUAGCAGCCAACUCUGCGCGGUCCUGUCUGAUGCGCAGCAGUGUAUCCUGGCUUCUUUCUUCCCUCUCUUCGUCGGUCAACAGAUCCUCCA